AUGCUUAGGGCGAGUGAGAUGGCUGCCAAGGAAGAUUAUCGAAUUUUCGUGGGAGGUUUGGGCUGGGACACGUCUGAACGCCAGCUCGAGAGCGCCUUCAGCCGUUUCGGCAAGAUUAUCGACUCUCAGGUGCCCUUUCCCUUUUUCUUGAUUUUGUUGAUCUUGCUUUGCUUGAUUCGCAGUUUUGAGUUCGGUUGUUGUGAAAGUGAGCUUAACGAGAGCGGAAACUAUGCAGUUUAUGUGCUCCCAUGUUGGGUAAUUCGUGGCGGUUAAUAAAAUUAGGAACUUUAGGAGAUGUGCUAGUGACUUGUACCGAGAAAUAUCUAUCGCUAACAUUCAUCUUCUCUUCCUUUUCUCCCCAGUUAUCCUAGUGCUACUGCAUUUAUUGAUUCCUGUGGGAUUAUAGAGAUCCUUGUCAUUUCUGUGAACGGCCAUACUGGUUAGAAGGGUGUUUCUAAAAACAUCCAUGUAUUGGCAUUCCCGUGUGGUUUCUGAUUUUUUCGAACGCAUAAUACUUUAGCUCGCUUCUACGAAUGGCUCUGCUGACUAACCCAUUGCUCUUUGCAACUCGGUGUGUAUGGUUGAUUGAACUUCUUUACUCUUUCCUUUCUUCUCUCAUCAUCUUAUUGUUUUUGUUGUUUCAUCUGGACUUUCUCGUGAUGAUGUUUUGAGAAUUGAUGCUGCUGUAUGAUAAGAGAAAAGUUUUGGGGGUACAGUUGUCUGAAUCAAGCUGCUGAAGUGCUUUGGGAUAGGUUAAGUGAAAGUUGUUAUAUAGUGUUUCAAGAUACAUGAGUCAGAGACGCCAGUUGAAAUUGUGUAGCUUCGUUUGUUGUAUUUGAGCAUCACGUGUGUUGUUUCUGUUAGAAGAAGAAAUGCGGUUUGACAGUUGUACAGCUUGAUUGCCGAGUAUGAGGUUUGCUGGUGUCAUAUGGUUUGUGCCACCCUUGAAUGGCUUACAAGGCGCCGAGAAAUUUGAUUUGCAUGUUCUCUGAUAGCAGAACGUUCAGUGUUUGUGACGGCGCGUCCUCAUCUUAUGGAAGCGGUUUUGUUCUCUGUUGUGUAUUAGUUGGACAAAACAAUUGUCAGUUUUCACAUGGAUUGUGCUGGACCUUCUCAAGCUUGGGAGUUGCGUCAGGCCAAUUGCUGACUUGGUCAAUAACCUUUCUUGAUUGUUUCCUUUCAGCUACAGUCCAGUGAUCCUUAUCAUAUCCCCUCUUUAGGAUUGCUUCAUACUGUGACCUCAUUGCGUUUUAGCCCUUUCCUGCAACGACCAUCAGAGAACCAUUGACUCUGAUGCAUUCAGUUAUAGUAAAUACAGUAUGAAGUCAUCCGACCUUUUCAGAAAGUUUGGUUGGAUUUUGCGUGUCAAUUAAGUGAGUUUGUGAUAUUGCACUACACUGUCUCUGAUGCAAGGGAGCCACUUGUGUCUGCCAUUCGUUGAAGUCAGAUGUUCUAGUGUGGGGAGAUGCUUUGGGGCCAGCUUCAGGCACUAGUGCUUUUCAUUCUUCUUAUUGUUCUCCUUUGUCUCCCUCUGGUUUGUUGCUGCCGUCUGGAAGUGCAUCUGGAAGAAUCAUAUUAUUCCAUUGAUGUGUAGGAACUGCUUCUGCAUGAUAGUGAACUGAUUCAGGGAUGUGUCAGCAAAAGAGAAUUGUAUGGUUGAUAGACUACUCCAGGUUGGGCAGUCCGCCCAAAAACUGACAUCAAGUAGUGGGGUUUUGAUCUAUGUCUCAGUCUCAAGCACUAGUAUUGCGGGGCACCUAUUGUUGUCUUCGUCUGAAACUCUUUCUGUGUGGUCCUUUGAUUUCUACCAUCUAACCAAAUGUGGCCUGCUGAUAAUGGAAACCAUGGAGCUGUCUUCUUAUAAUGUGCCCAUCUUGCAUACCUAUUCAAAAUUCUUGUAGACAUAUGGUGGUGAUUAUAAUUGUGUUGAAUAGUCGUAGGGGCCUUGUCAUCUUUGUGGCCGAUCAGGGAUAUUAUUAUAAUAUGGACUGCAGGAGCCCUACACUGUGGAUAGAAACCUCGGGAGACUACUGGUCAUUAUUUGUCUCUGAAGUAGCUGUUAGUUUUUUUGGGCGUAAUCAGCUUUUCAGAUGUUAUCAAGCUGUCACUUGUCGAAACUGCUGAGAGUUGUGGGAUCUUUAACUUGUUAGAUGUUCAGUUUUGUGGUGAAGUGUUUGUGGUUUGUCAGUUUUCUGUUUGGGUUUACGUGUUUGCUCGAUGCAAGAGGUUCUUGGUUGCCUGAUGGAACUUCAAAGGCGCACGGGAAGCACUUCUGCACUGAAUUCUGUUUCUCUAGGAGUUGCUUGAUUAGGAUGUGAUCUUAAUAAUGAUAAGGUGUCAGGAAGGUUAAAUGAAUGCAUUUCUGAAGAGUUGCAUGUUGAAGAGAGUGGUAGAAAUGCCUUGCUGUGAAUAAUUCUGAGGGGUUAAGGGUUUGAGGUUGCAUAUGUUACAUCUGGAUGGGUUUAUCUAAGAUAUCAGGACUGGGAUUUUUUAUGGUAUUGUUUAGGGUAUCUAUGAGAUGUGAUGACAUAGAAGAGCAUAAUAAUUACUUGGGGAUUCACUGAUUAGCUGGGAUGUUUCUUUUGACUACAACAUUGUUACGGAACUAUCAAUCAACGUUCUGUUGGAAACAGAUGCCAGAGGCUCGCUAGUUUAGAUAACAGACAUGGUUUCAGGAUCUUUAAGUUUCUCUGUUUAUACCUUUCCACAAACAAGUUCAGAUGUGUUACCAGUCCUAUAAUAAUGCAGAGAGCGUAAGCGAUCUGCUUUCUUCUAUUGUGAUUGCAUCUGAAGCAGAUCAUGGUGGAAAGAGAUACAGGACGUCCCCGGGGGUUUGGAUUUAUAACCUUUGCUGAUCGUCGGGGAAUGGAAGAUGCCAUCCGUGAAAUGCAUGGACGGGAGUUUGGGGAUCGACCCAUUUCUGUGAACAAGGCCCAACCUAAGAUGGGUGAAGAUGCCGAGCCGGGCUACAGGGGAGGAGGCUACUCUGACAAUCGCUAUAAGGGAGGAGGCUACCCAUCUGGUGGCAGGGGAGGACGCUAUGGGGGAGGAGAUAGGCCUGUUGGACAAGAUGAAUGCUUCAAAUGUGGGCGGCCCGGGCAUUGGGCUCGGGAUUGUCCAUCAUCAGGUGGCCGUGGAGGUGGUGGCAGUGCAUUCCCUUCACGCUCAAGGUUUGGUGGCCCUGGUGCUGAUCGUGAGGAUCGCUUUGGAGAACGUGACCGAUUCAUUGAUGACCGCUAUGACGGUGGGCGCUAUGCUGAUAGGGAUCGCUUUGAGAGCAGAGACAGAUAUGGGAGCCGCGAUCGCUUCGCUGGUGACAGGUACCCUCCAGCUGGUGACCGCUUUGUUGGUGACAGGUACGGUGGUGGCUCAGAUCGUUUUGGUCAGAAUGGGUACGGCAAAGACAGUGCGUACGAGAGGGAUGGAGGGCCACGAGGAGGCGGUGAUAGGUAUGCUAGUGCAGGACCGGUACGCAGCGAGAGGAGCUACAGGGAUAGGCCAGGACCUUUCGACCGUCCAAGUAGCAGAGGAGGGCGUUCCUUCGACCGCUACUGAGACAAUUGCUAUGAGAGGUGCUUUCCUUCGGUGUAGCAGGUGCUUAUGGUGGUCAGAAGAGUGUAGGCUUGUUAUCUAUCCCUUUGUACUGUUGUAGGCGUGUUUGGAUUGAGCAUCGGCGCUAGGUUUUCCAUAUGUGAAUCCUGCUGAGAUGAUUGUGGUGUUCUUAGUUAUUGGCUGCUGUCUGCAGUUGACAUAAAGAGGUGUUCAAGUUAUUGCAAUUCAAUUCAGGUUUUGUCCAAUAAUAUCAUCAGUCAAAUACGCGUCCGUCUUUUCCGAGAAAUACUUUGCUCAAAUCAGAAGC